GCAAUCGUCAGAUGUAGAGAAUUUUAUGUCUUCUGCUCGUAAACUUUAUUGGAGGCUGCUUGCCUUAUAAGACCCUCGGCCAACAGUUGCAGAGCGGUAAGCUCAGCCAAGUCUCAGUCCUUGAGUGGUUGAAGCCAGUCAAACAGACACCAUGAAGUUGUUUCUAGUCGUCUGCUUGUCCAUGGUGGCGGGAUGCCUGGGUGGAUACCUGGGUCCCUAUGGUGGUUACGGAGGAGUGGUUGCCCCUGUCGGGGGACUCGUCGGAGGAGUUGUUGCACCUGUGGGAGUCCUAGGAGGCUCUGGCAUCCUCGGAACUGGAGCAGCAAACGCUGUGGGAGGUGGAAACGGUGUCGGCGCUGGAGCCAGUAGCGUCGGUGGCGGAGCCGCCUCUGGAGCCGCUGCAAGAUCUGCAGGAGCUCUUCGCGACUCCCUCCGCAAAGCCUACGGCGCCAACACCUGGAACAACGCAGCCUCCGACUACGGACGUACCAACGGUGCAUACGGUGACCGGGCUUCCCGCUCUGGUGACAAGGCUCAGGCUGCCAGCAGUGGAUUUGGGGCCAAAUCUGGCGACUGGCACAACACUGCCAACGCUGGAAGUCGUGCCGCUAAUAAGGCUGCCUUCUCCGACAUCGCUCAGAACAAAUGGGGAGAGCGCAACGACAAGAACUUUGCUGAUGCCGCUCAGCUGUGGAAGAAGGGAGAUCAAUUCUACAAUGGCCGCCGCAACAAGGACAACAUCGACUACGCUUACGACAAGAGCUUCGAUCUGAGGGACUCCGAGAACGGUGGCUACGAGGUGGACGAGGCAGCCAGCGCACACGCCCUGGAUGACUAUGCUGACAAGAGCGCUUCCUACGACAGGAACAUCGACAAGAACGCAGCCUGGGCCUCCGCUGCUGAUGCUCAAAGCGCUGACCGCAAAGCCGCCGCCGGACGUAGAGCUUCCAACUCCGACUCCAACUGGGACAACUUUGCCCGCAGUGCCAGCAGUGCUAACGCAGCCAACGGACGCAACAAGGACUGGGCCCAGAAGCUCGACACCAGCGAGGGAUCCAGCGGUCUGUUCACCGACACCCGCAGAUCCGCCAGCGACAUCUACAAGGACCUCGCCCUCGCCGACAGCAGCUAUGGCCGUAACAACAAAGUCUUUGGAGGCAAAGGAGUCCGUCAGGGUGAAGGUGUUGUUGCUUAUGGUAUUGCAGGUAUUGGAGGCUACGCUGCCCGCCCUGUCCUCGUCGGACCUGGUGCCGCCUAUGCUGCUGGUCCUGUCGCCCUUGGCGGUGUUGGCAUCGCGUUGCUGGUGUUGCCCCUGUCGCUGUGGGCCCUGCUGCCGGAUACGCCGAUGGUCAAGUCGCUAAAGCCGCUGGCUCCAAUGAUCAGGCUGCUGCCUGGGACCAGACUUCCGCCUCCAAACUGCGCAACAGCGAUGCUUCAGCUUAUGAGAAGCGUAACCAGAACACCUUCAGCAAGGACAACUGGCUGAGCCACCGCGACCAGGCCUUCGACAAGAACAACAAAGCUGAUGCCAAGGAUGCUGGUUUCUCUGACUGGGCUCGCAAGUCCGACAACGCUGCUUCCGGUUUUGAUGUUAAGAGAGCUGAUGCCGCCAGCAAAUGGGCCAAAGAUCAGGGACGCAACGACUUCAACGAGGACGUCUGGGCAAAGGAGAACGCCAAGAAGAACCUCCAAGACCGCGACGAGAAGAAGAAAAUCAUCAAGAAGUACUACAACAACAAACGCAAGGGCGGUGACAACUGGGAGCGCCUCAACUUUGACCGCGACCAGAAGGACGAUGUCUUCGGCUUCAACAAUGCCUUCAACCAGGACUGGGCCUCCAAGAAGAGCGCUAACAACUGGAACGAGGGUUACGAUGCCAACGCCGCCAGGCCGCACUCGCUAACGCCCGCGAGGCUGCAAAGGACGCCAGCAACGCCCACUGGGUCAAGGACAAAUCCGGCUUCCAGAAUGCUAACGCCGCAGCCAAGGACAGCGCUGGUGCCAGACACGACGGUUACACCAACGAGGCCUGGAAGGGCGACAAAAUCCAGUCCAGCAACGAUGCCGCCGUCAAGUCUGCCCGCGCUGCAGAUCGUGCUGCUAACAGGUCCGGUGCUGGCGCUGGUACAGGCACUGGUGCUGGAUUUGGUGGUGUCCUCGGUGGUGCUGCAGCCGCUGGUGCUGGUGCUGGCGAUGGUCUUGUCGGUGGAUUCGGCUCCGGAGGACUCGGCGGCGUCGGAGGAGGUUUUGGCGGUGUCUAUGGUGGUGGCCUUGGGGGAUAUGGUGGCUUCGCCGCUGGCCCCUACAAAGGCGGCUAUUAAAGCGCCCAGUAAAUUGAAAACGUCCUGAGUCUUUCCUUGUCAGAAAAUAAAAAUUUUGGGAACUCUUUAAUUCUUUUUCUUAGGAGUGCGAGCAGCGCAACUUUAGACAUUAGUAUGACUGAUGUACUCAAAGGUCUUAGACAACUAGCCCUCUCGCUUUUUUCCCCAGUCUGUCGUAAGUUUGAUCGUGUAAAUACCUCAGCAAUAUGCUUGAUGUCAAGAGAUCACCACGAAUUUAAUAAAGGGGAGUUGGAUGUAAACAUUA